AUGGGUAAAGAUCCCUCCACCGCCACGAAGCUCGAAGACGAGAUCUGGGGCCUAGGAGAUGACGCCUACGCCACGAUCCUAGACGUCUACCACCAAGUCCACUGCCUCAACUCCCUGCGCAAGCUGGUCUAUCCGGACUACUACAACAAACCGCAAUGGCAGCACAGCGCGGAUCCGAAAGCCAUGUUCGAGAUCCACAUGGAGCACUGCGUGGAUCUUCUCCUGCAGGCGCUUCAGUGCAGUGGGAACGCGAAUCUCAUCACGCUGCAUUGGGUGGAGAGGGAGCCGUAUCCGUUCCCGGACAUGAGUUUGAAUAGGAAGUGUGUAGACUUUGACGCGCUGACGAAGUGGAGGUUGGAAAAUACGAUCGACAUGGAGAAGUACAAAGAGAGGAUGGACAAACCGAAAGGUGUGAAGCAGUUGAAGCAGGCGGACGGGUAUUAUAAGUACUUCCGACCGGAUUUGCCCGAUGGACACCAAAAUACCCAUCAUCCACCACCCUAG